AUGAAACUCGACUUGGGUGUUAUAGCAGUCAUUGCUGCCAUAUUUAUUACGACGGUGGAUGCAUCUGCAACCUUGAAAUACAGGCCAUACAAAGAACCACUCUCCCCAGAUUCCUUCUUUGAACAAUUUGAUUCUAAGUCUGCCUCCAGAUGGAUUCCUUCGAAUGCACGUAAGGUGGAGGACGACCAAUUAUCUUAUGUGGGUGAAUGGGCAAUUGAGGAAUCUAUUGUUCUCAACGGUGUUCGUGGUGACCGUGGUUUAGUCACCAAAACAGAGGCAGCCUUGCACGCGGUUUCAAUGAAAUUGCCAAAUGUUUUCGACAAUACAAACAACACACUCGUGUUACAAUAUGAGGUCAAGCUACAGAAUGGUUUGAAUUGUGGAGGUGCAUAUGUGAAGUUGCUCUCGCAAGAAGGAUUUGAUGAGGACAAAUUUAGUGAUGGGACCCCAUAUCUGAUUAUGUUUGGACCUGAUAGAUGCGGUGAUCAAAACAAGGUCCAUUUUAUCAUCAAAACGUGGGAUGAUGAAAAGAAAGAACUGGUGGAACAUCAAAUUAAAGCUCCUCCAAUGAUGAAAAUGGUUCAACUAACCUCGUUGUAUACAUUGAUUGUUGAACCAAACCAAAAUUUCGAAAUAAGAAUCAAUGGUGAAAUUGUGAGGUCUGGAAACCUACUAAACUCGGAAGAUUUCGAUAUUUUACCUCCAAAGGAAAUCAUUGAUGUUAACGAUGUUAAGCCGGACGAUUGGGUAGAUGAACCAUUGGUUGAAGAUAGAAACGCCACUAAGCCUGAUGAUUGGGAUGAGACGGAACCGUAUUUGAUUGAUGACCCAAAUGCUCGAAUCCCAGAGGAUUGGGAUGAAGAAGCACCUGAUCAGAUCCCAGAUCCUAAUUACAUCAAACCAGAUGAUUGGGAUGACGAAGAAGAUGGUAUUUGGGAACCAAGAUUAAUCGAUAAUCCCGCUUGCUUGAAUCAUGGAUGUGGUAAAUGGAUCAGGCCAAAGAUUAAGAAUCCAAAAUAUAGAGGUAAGUGGAGAAGACCUCUGAUGGAGAAUCCAAACUAUAUCGGCGAAUGGGAACCAAGAAAAAUACCAAAUCCAGAUUACAAAGAUGACAUCGUUCCUUCGAAUCUUUUACCAAUCGGUGGAAUUGGUUUUGAAUUAUGGACUAUGGAUAAAAACAUUCUCUUUGAUAACAUCUAUUUGGGACACAGUAUUGAAGAGGCUGAAAAAAUCGGUAAUGAUACUUUUAUUCCUAAAAUCGAAGUUGAAUACGAGUUGUUAGGAUCUAAGUCUACUGAUAGCGAUGGUAUGGUUCCUGCGGAUAAGCCUAUUUACAGCGACUUAUACAACAACAUAAUGGACUAUAUCGGAAGAUUCUUAUACGACUUACAAGAAUAUGUUGCCGAUGUUGUCGAAGCACCACUGAAAACAUUAGGUGGUAGGCCUGGUGAGGCAGUUUUCUUUUCCUCUAUCAUGAUAGGUGUGUUUGGAACCGUUGUUUCAUUGUGGACCAUCAUUUUGAAUAUCUUGGGUUCACUGCUGGGUAGUGUUUUUAGCACUACGGUAAAGCCAAAGACUAAAUCAACUAUCAAGUAUACCAACAAAAAGGCUAAGAAACAUUCAAAUUUGGAAACAGUUCCUGAAAAGAAAUCAAUCUCUUCCUCUGUCGGCUCUGAUACACAUGCAAAGAAACGUUGA